AUGACCUACGAAUUGUUGAAGAUUAACUGCAUGGAUGAUGGUGAUGAACCGGACUCACCGACUGUUUUUUGUGUCGUUUGGUCUUUAUCUAUUCACAGUGCAUGUAGAGAUAUGCAAACGUUGAAUAUUGAGGGUACCAUAGUCAAAUCACCUAUAACAUCCAUUGCACCGGGUGACGCUUGGUGCCAGAUCUUUACGUGUCGCUUCUCAUUGUCUUCAGCAGAAAACCAACCGCCGAAUAACCCACUAACGCCCGAAAAGCAGGACCGCCCCGCGCGGCUCAUUAAACACCACCGAACCGUCUCCUUGCCGGCCGGUUGCUCCGUAUUCCAAGAGCCCCUCAAGAUAGCGCACGGCCGCACCAGGUCCGAGCCGCUCACUGGUGACGAAGUAGAUCAGGCGAUAUUAGAGAAAACGGCGAUGCACUCCUCGUGCAAAACGGUCAACGGAAUCGAUACCGUAAAGAAGAACCCGUGGUGCAGACGCGCCAGCACCGGCACAAGGUUUUCCAAAUUGUCACCGGCGCAUACGAAGAGUAUGUAUCUCGCUUCGACUAACCGACAUCGCAUCGCAUACACUAAUGUUAUCUCACUUCUGAUACCUCCACGUUGCCCCAUGUUGGAGUGUUGUGCUGGCCUCAGUUUAAGUUCAUUUUGUUCUUGUGCCUGUGUUCGCAUGAUAUUUUGCUUAUGUUCCUAUUUUGUUGUGUCCUUAGAUGUAGCGACGCUGCGUAAUAGAUGCGAGACGAUGCCUUCGCGAGCUACCUCCUCCUUCGAAUCUGAUCGCCCGGCGACGUCACGACACGUCGAUGUCAUUGAUGGUGUGGCAUCAUCUCGCGACGACAUGGAUUCUUUAUCAGAGUGGUACCGCACCCCACGAAUACCUGAAGAACCGGACUGUUGCGAAUACAUGUUGCCAAGGGACUUUAUGAGUUUGCGCACGGGCGGUUCAGUGGCGCACUCUCGAACAUCGUCCAUGGGCGUGGAUGAUGGUGCAUGUGAACGGGAGAUUGGCGAGACUGUACCAGAUGGAUAUCUGCCAAUGGGCCCUACACAUGUCUCGUCUUCGGGCUCCGUUUGUAGCGGGACUCCUUCAACAGACCCAAGGUUCAGUGAAUACCAACUUGAGCCGGCUACAGCACACAUAGCCGAGGAAAGGUCAACGCGAGCGUAUAGCGUGGGUUCUAGGCCAGUAACGCGCACCGAGCGAGUUGAGCCCGCUCGUUUGCGCGCGUACAGUGCGGGCGCUCGGCGUCGACCUGUCAUACAUACUCACGCCCAUGGACCAACGCACCCGCCGCGCGCCACUACGGACGAUCUGAUGGAGAUAGACUUCUCUGCUAACUCGCCGCAGACAAAGGUUUCCGUAGCGAGCACCCCACCGACGAGCAGGUACCCUGAGACACCAAAAUCAAAGAGUAACAUCGACGAGUAUGUCGACAUGUCUCCCAGGAAUGCCGGUUACGUGGAGAUGAAGCCUGGAGAACCCCCCACGCCAACCCCGGCCCCGGCUACUGACGGUUACGUCGAGAUGAGCUACAGCCGCAACCCGCGCAUCCCGACUCGCCCUAUUGCGAUAGCGAACCCUCGCGCCCCGCCCCCCACCUCUUCGUCACCCGAAACCCGCGAGAUAAAGAUGCUCCACGGGUCCCAAACUAUUUUUCCCUUCUCCCCCGAUUCGCCCGCCUCUCCUCCAGAGUUAGAUGCGCACGCGUUGUCCACGGUGCGCGAAAUCUCCGAAGAGGGAAGGAAGAGUCCGGCGAGGGGAAGAACAGAGGUGUCCUCAUCGCCGCAAUACGUGACGCUUGCGCGACCGGAUGCCCUCAACAAUAAUAAGACUGCCAGAAUCGAUGAGAAUAGAGAAACGGAUAGUGGCCCAGGCGGGCGUCUUCAUUACGCGGCGUUGGAUCUAGAGGCGCGAACGCCGCCCGCCCCGCCCCCGCCACGUCUCUACACGCAGAUCGACUUCGCACGCAGCGAGACGUUUGCGACUGAUGCGCUCUAG